CAGCAGCAACAACAACAACACUAGAAGAUGGUCCUAUGCGCCAGCAAAUAUGUUUCCAAUGGGAAAUGCUAUGGGACAGAGGCACUAUUCCUCUCAGCAGCACUUUGGAAUCGGGAACCAUGCAGCAGUUGCGAAUGAAAGAAAAGAACCCGUUUGUUGCCCACAUGAACGAAACCCGGUCCAUAAAAAUGGAAACCCUUCCUUAUUCCAUUUUAUUCCUACUUUCACAGAAGCUGUGUCAGGAGAAUGGAAAGACCCCGGAAAUGACCGUGGAGCUGGACGAGCGGAAUCAUUGCAACGAUCAAGUUGCGGAUCCGCACUCGUGGUUCCCCAGCAAGAAUGCCAAGCCGAGCAAGGAAUCGCAACCGGGCUUCGGUGGCAAACACUUGUUCAAGCUCAGCAAUAAUGGCAAAGACAAGCUGCCGCAGAGACAGUUUUCUGACCAGACGGACGUCAGAGGGUCGCCAUUGAAGCACUACGAGCUCAAGCAGCUGGAUAAAGGAGGGAAUGUUCAAAGGCGAGCAAAGCAGAUGGAGCAGCUGGGCUUGAUGCAGACUGGGCCAGGCAGGGAAUCUUACAAAGAACUGUCGGAAAGAGAAAGAUUUCCGGGCUUGGACAAAGAUUCAGCCCGGCUCAGCCACCACUUGUCCAUGUCUCAUCUAUCAGCUGUACCAUCAUCCCACAACAACUCCAGAGGGAAUGUUCAACGGCGAGCAAAGCAGAUGGAGCAGCUGGGCUUGAUGCAGAGUGGGCCAGGCCGGGAAUCUUACAAAGAACUGUCGGAAAGAGAAAGAUUUCCGGGCUUGGACAAAGAUUCAGCCCGGCUCAGCCACCACUUGUCCAUGUCUCAUCUGUCAGCUGUACCAUCAUCCCACAACAACUCCAGGUCCAGGUCCUUAAACGCGACUUAUGUCAUGUAA